UUUACAGGGAGAGGAUACUGCUGAAGACUGUGAUACAGACGAAACUGCGGAUUCUUGAAUGAGAAUGUACCGGCGGUAUUUAAGUGAAGUGUCAAAUUGCUGGAAACAGUUCUCGUCAUCAUUUAGUCAUAGCGAGGUGAAUAGAUAACACGAUGUCACGUAUUUGCCUACUCGCACUUUUCCUCAUUCUCAGCAUUGCUGUACGAUUCGGUGAUUGCGAAAAUAACGCCGUUUACGGAGAUGAUACAAACUGCACAAAAAGUGCACCUGGUUCCGACAAAACUCGUCUAUCACCUCUUGAAAAGAUAAUAGAAGGGAUGAAGUUGCCCGUAGAAGGGAUAAAGUUGCCCGUAGAAGAGAUGAAGUUGCCCGUAGAAGGGAUAAAGCUGCCCGUAAAAAGGCCGAAGCUGCCCGUAGAAGGGCUGUCCGUAGAUGCUAUUAUGAAGAGAAACAGAAAUACAUUGCGAGGAUCCUUCAGCGACUUCUUCGAAAAACUUAAAGAACAUGGUCUUAUUUUUCCAGGAACACUCUGGUGCGGCGGUGGAGAUAUCGCCAAAAACGAAAACGACCUCGGCCUUUUCAACAGGACGGAUGCCUGUUGCAGGGCGCAUGAUAACUGUAAGAACGAUAUCUCAGCCGGUGACACAGAAGUCAAUCUCAUAAAUAAUGGUAUCUUCACGAGAUCAGCUUGCUUCUGCGAUCAUGAGUUCUACAAAUGUCUGAAGGAAGCUGACAGCUUAAUUUCUGAAACUAUCGGAACGACGUAUUUCACUAUAUUGCGACCGCAAUGCUUCGAAUGUACAUGCCAUUCCCAUGUUAUAUAG